ACUAAGAAAACAUUGUACCGGCAAAUGUGGGAAGUUUGGACACGUGUUAACAAAUUAGCAUGAGAUUGCCAAAUCAUCAAACCAAAAUGCUACGUGUCACAAAUCCAAUUCUCCCACUAAAUCCUUAACACAAAAAUGUAUACAAAAACCCGAGAGGAUGUCAAAGAAGAAAAACCAAAGAACCAAACACACCACCAAUAGGAAAAAAAAAAAAAAAAAAUUAAAAAAAAAAUAAAAAUGGUACGGUCUGUGGAUUCACUGGUGGUUGGGAGAGUGAUCGGAGAUGUGUUGGACAUGUUUACUCCGGCGGCGGAUGUGUCGGUCAGUUAUGGGUCUAAACAGGUGGCUAAUGGGUGCGAAAUCAAGCCCUUUGUCGCCGCUGAUCGCCCCACUGUUCAUAUUCAAGCUCCCAUAUCUAACCAACUUUAUACUCUGGUUAUGGUGGAUCCUGAUGCUCCUAGUCCCAGUGAGCCAACAUUCAGAGAGUGGCUUCACUGGAUUGUUGUUGACAUUCCAGAAGGGGCUGAUGCCAAUAAAGGAAAAGAGGUGGUGCAGUACAUGGGUCCUCAGCCUCCAACCGGCAUUCACCGUUAUGUAUUUGCCUUUUUCAAACAAAACACCCAUCUCGGCGGAAGGCUCCGACCCCCCACCACCCGCAGCAAUUUCAGCACUCGACAAUUCGCCUCACAGCAUGCCCUCGGACUUCCUGUUGCCGCCGUCUACUUCAAUUCCCAGAAGCAACCUGCAUCCAAGAAACGCUGAUAUAUAUAACAUAUCCAUAUUCCGUUCCACACUUUGUAUGUAAAUACCAUACCCUCAACUUUUUUUCUACUUAGCAAAUUUAGGCCUUCCCAUGCUGCUGUUUCCCCCAUAAACACACAUGCAAUAAAUAAACAAACAUCGUUAGUUCCUCCCAUGUUUCUGUUCUAUUUAAACAGGGUAAUUGUGUAACAUCUCAAACUUCCCUUAGAUUGAAAAAAAAAAAAAAAUUAAGUGGAAAACCCAAACAUGAAAUGGGAAUUGAAAUGGGUGAGCCAGAAUGAAGGAAGAAACGUGAUUGAAUGAAGCGCUGAUGGGAAAAGUUGGAAUUUUGAAAUAAGUUUUGACAUCAACGCUGCACUCAAUGACGUAUCUUUCAAUCUGGUUUGAUCUAUGGCUUCCUUCUGUUUACAGACAAUAUUUUCUGUGUAUAUGUAUGAGAAGGUGGAUGAACUCUGCGGUACAAGUGAAAAAGUUAGUUGGUUGUAUUGAAUUGUACUAUCCACAUUCUUUAUUAUUAUUAUUAUUAUUAUUAUUAUUGUUAUUGAUA